CUCAGCCACGCAGGUUGAUUGGGAAUAUUUAUAAGCGUAUAUUUGAACUAAUCAGGCGGUAAAAUAUCCAUUCGUUCUUCUUGCGUUGGACUACGUGCAUCUCGUAUUUCGGGUGGUUUUGCGAAGUGCGAAAGAGGUUCUUUAUCAAGAAGAAGACCCUUGCUCUGUCAUUUGAAGAAUAGACUGGCACUGCCCAUGUUAUUCUGUUUCUUACCACAUUUGCAAAAGAACAUAGAUCGGGUACUUCAAUCAAUGUUCCAUUUCUAUCUGUGGACAAGUUCCAACGCUGCAGAUCUUCCCAACAUCCCGGUUCCAGGUCACUGUGUCCCCAAAUUUGUGCUUUUACUGUCCUGCACCAUCGCCUCUGUAUCUGUCCCUUGCUUUAUGGAGCUGUCUGUUUUAGCAUUCUCUGAUCUUGUUCUGUGUCUUGGCACAGCAUUUUAUAAUUAAUUUCAACCCCAUGGUCUGAUUAGUUGAAUAUGUACUUUUAUUUUUGGACCAAAUGGUGCUGUUGGAGUUUUAACCCUUAUAGGAACUCUGCUGAAUGCCAAUAAGCCCUCAGGAUUUAACCCAAAGACUUUCCAGCUGAGUUAGCACUCAAGAUUUAAACCAAGGACUGACUGACAACUUCCAGGUGUAGUUUAAGCAUUAAAACACUUUUGAAGCUCAUGUAAAGCACAAAUCAUGAGCUCUGACAGUUUUCAGUACCGUGCACUGUUUGAGUACAAACAGGAACGGGGUGAUGAUAUCUCCCUGCAGCCUGGGGAUCUCCUAACAGUCAGCAAAAUAACUUUACUGACACCUGAUUACCAAGAGGGCGAUGAGAAGUGCCCAAAGGGCUGGUUGCAUGGCACCAAUGAAUGCACUAAGGAAAAGGGCAACUUCCCUGGCACCUUUGUGGAGUUUGUUGGGAUUGUGAGAGUGGGCCUUCCCUCAGGGAAGCCCUGGCUGAGACCUGUACCCCCAACGCCUGUAGGGCCCCAGUCCCCGGCAGCCUCUGCAUCAGAAGGCUCCUGUGGAAAAGGAGAUGUUGUGGAGCAGUGUGCUCUACCUGACCAGGUCCCAGAAGUGGUGCUUAGGCUGACAGAGGCACUGGAGCGACAGUGCUGGGAGAGUGAGCCUCUGUACCAGACUGCCCAGGCCUCCACUGGACCUCCAGAAUUAUAUCAGGCUUUAGAAACAGACCCAGCAGCAGUGGACUUUGAUCAAUAUGAAUUGUCUAUUUUGGCUGAUACUCUAAGGGGUUACUUGCAGGAUUUGCCCUGCCCGGUCAUCCCAGCUAUAGUGUACAGUGAGCUGGUCUACACUGCUCAGGAAACCCAAAGCAUUGAGGAGUGUGGACAGCAGCUGAAAAGUAUCCUUGACUCCCCCAGUGUCCCUCAGGCUAACCACCAGCUCCUGGUUUAUCUGACCCAACACCUAAGCAAGGUUGCCCAGAGUGAGGGAGCAGCUCAGGCAAGCCCCAGGCUUCUGGCUCUGGCCUACAGCGAGACCAUCUUCAACAACAACCACUUUAGUGCGGACGUGAACCCAGAACACCAUGUAAAGAUCCUUGAGGCACUUAUCAUGGUUGGAGGCCUAGAGGAGAUACAGGCUGCCCCAGCUCUUCCUCCCAAGCCAGCAAAACCCAUGACACCAGUAAACAGUAAUGGCAUGAAAGAAGCCACCAGCGGCUCAUUGCAAGAAGCAGAAUGGUACUGGGGAGACAUAUCUAGGGAAGAGGUGAACGACAAACUGAGGGACAUGCCUGAUGGUACUUUCCUGGUACGGGACGCCUCGACUAAGAUGCAAGGAGAUUACACACUAACGCUAAGGAAAGGUGGAAAUAAUAAGCUAAUAAAGAUCUACCACCGGGAUGGGAAGUACGGUUUCUCAGACCCGCUCACGUUCAACUCUGUGGCGGAACUCAUCAGUCACUACAGGCAUGAGUCUCUAGCCCAGUACAACACCAAACUGGACGUUAAGCUCAUGUACCCAGUCUCCCGAUAUCAGCAGGAUCAGCUGGUGAAAGAGGACAACAUUGAUGCAGUGGGAAGGAAACUCCAGGAAUAUCACAAUCAAUAUCAGGAUAAGAGUAAAGAAUAUGACAUACUCUAUGAGGAGCACACGAAAACCUCACAGGAGAUUCAGAUGAAACGAACUGCAAUAGAGGCCUUCAAUGAGACUAUACAAAUUUUUGAAGAGCAGUGUCACACACAGGAAUGCUACAGUAAGGAGUACAUUGAGCGAUUCCACAGAGAGGGCAAUGACAAUGAGAUUGAGAGGAUUAUGAUGAACUAUGAGAAGCUCAAAUCCCGCUUAGGGGAGAUUCACGACAGCAAGACCCGACUUGAACAAGACUUGAAAAUGCAGGCUCUGGACAACAGGGAGACAGACAAAAAGAUGAACAGCUUAAAGCCAGACCUCAUCCAGCUUAGAAAGAUCCGAGAUCAGUAUCUUGUUUGGCUCAAUCAUAAAGGCGUUCGACAGAAACGGAUAAAUGAUUGGCUGGGGAUCAAAAAUGAGAACCCCGAUGAUGCCUACUUUGUCAGUGAGGAGGACGAGAAUCUGCCACACUAUGAUGAGAAGAGCUGGUUCGUGGGGGACCUGAAUCGAACGCAGGCAGAGGACUUGCUCUACGGCAAACCAGAUGGAGCUUUCCUUAUCCGAGAGAGUAGCAAGAAGGGUUGUUAUGCCUGCUCUGUUGUUGUGGAUGGUGAGGUGAAGCACUGCGUCAUCUACAGCACCCCUCGCGGCUACGGUUUUGCCGAACCUUACAACCUGUACAGCACUCUUAAAGAUCUGGUCCUGCACUACCAUCAGACCUCACUGGUCCAGCACAAUGACUCGCUCAACGUGCGGCUGGCGUACCCAGUGUAUGCACAGAUGCCCUCAGGCCCCCGCAGAUGAAAACUGCCCCCCCCCAAAUUAAACUGUCAAUACUCUUGGGAAGGGGGGGAAGGGUUUCCGGACAAACUGAAAAAAACAUACCAACAAAAAAACACUUGCUGCAACACACACGUCAGCCACCUUGGAGUUAUAUAUUUUUACAAGAACAAUUUGGAGGGCAUUCUUUCUAAAGACUGCUUGAUUUGCACAAGGAAGUUUUAAAUGUUUGUGAAUGUGAAAAAAAGCAGAUAGAAGCAGAGGAGGCGAGUUUCAGGUGACCUGCACUGCUACCUAAACUCUAGCUGGGACUUUUUACAUGCUUCGUUUUAUCUUUUAUCUUUUUUUCUAUCUUCCUGCCUCUUUUCUCAUAUCUUUCUAUUGUUCAUUCAGUGUUUUUUUUUUUCUUUCUUUUUCUUCGUUUGUAUUAUCUUCGCAUUGUUCUUUUCUAAAUGUACGGCAGGGAAAAUAUUUAGUUUGUUUUCUCUGUCUCUUUCACUCUGUUUAAAAUAGGCAAAAACUAUGUAGCAAACAGACGACUGACACUUUUCAGAGUGUUCUCACAUUGACUGCUGCUGAACAAGGGAUUGUGGGAUGGUUUGGGAGGGCACAAGUGAAAAUGUGUUGUAGUCUUUAAAAAAAACUUGUUUUUACACUAACCUUAGAGAAGUGUUUUUUUUUUUUCUGGAUCAAUUUUUUGUGUCCUUUUAUAAGCAGUUAAGAUUGUUACAGUUCAGUACAGAGACCAAAGUUGGCAUGGAGAGGACAUCCUGUUUUUUUUUUUUUAAUUGGCUCAUAUUUAAGUAAGAGGAAAGAUAAUGCUCAAUAAACCUUGUUUGGAAUAUACACAUAAAAUUGGAACUGUGUCCUGUGAACUUCAGCUCAAUUGUUUUAUUAUUAUUAUUAUUGUUAUUAUUAUUAUUAUUAGAACCAAAAUCGCAUGCACAGACAGUUGACGUGAAGCACUUAUAUAGAAAUGACAAGUGACAGCUGCACGUUUGUACACAAAAUUUGAAAGAACAAUAUUUCAUGUGUGGUUUUUAACUAAUAAGGCAUAUGUAUGCUUUAUGUCUGUUCCAGAAAAAUCGUAUUUGUGUAAUUGUAAGGCAGACGUGCAGCAUAAAUCUCGAUUUGUUCAGUAAACAGGAGCAGUGCUUCUCGUUAAAACAGAUGUGCUUUAGUAUGUAUCUUAAAGACCAUGCAAUCCAGCUUUUGUUGGUAGACAAGUCAGUGGCAUCUAAAAGUGACAAACACUUUUCGAAUUUCCUUGGAAGAAUUUCUUUUGGUUGAAAAUACAAUUUAUUGCCUAGUGCUUCUGUUUUUAGCAGGUUGACUCGUUCUGUAUCAGAAAAAAAACAAACACUUUUUAUUGUUUGGCUGCCUGUUGGUUUUAAUGUUGCACAAUAAAGUCUUUAUGAAAUAAUAUACACAGAUACAGGUAUAUGCACAAUAUCAGUGUCCGUAAACCAGUUAUAUCACUUCCUGUUUCUUGUUGGGCUUCUAGCACCAGUUGUUGUACUUCUAAUUUUUUUAAUCUUUUAAAAAUUUGGUCCCAUGUUGAAAGGCGUCUUUAACAAAGAGCAACAAAAGAGUUUUUACAGAACUGCCAUUCUGGUUUUCCGUCUCCCACCAUUGCAACUUUCUGGCAACAAUUGUCCCACACUCUUGAGACUUUUCUCCAAAAACUUUAUGCAGAACAGCAUAUUAUGAAAACUGAAUUUGCCAAACUGUAUAAACAAAAUUUCAUCACCGUGUUAUUGAAAUGGGAAAGUCUAUAUGGAGUCCUCUUGUGGUUGUUUGGUGGUUGAUGAUGGGUUCUUGCAGACAGAACUUUGAUUCUGAUCAGGUGUUGAGGUGAGCUUAUAACCAAUAGAGCCCUUACUGAAAACCACAUGCAGAUUCUCUCCCCAACCCCCAUCCCCCCACUAUCCACUAUUCAUUUCACUUGCUCUUCCUGCUUGUCAACUGUCAAUUGAGUGACUGUAGCGUUAUUGGGUCAAUUUAUUGGAUGUUAUUGGCAUGGAAAAAAACAGAAGUGGUGCUUUCUCCAGUGGAAAUCUUUGUGUAAGAGGUAGGGAACUCAAUGGUCUUGUCUGUUCCCAUCACUCUGACAGGACCUGAACUCUUUGACCAAUCAGAAUUUGCUAGCCUCAGAAAACUAUUCUGUGAGUGCGUGUGACCCUUCAUAAAUGCAUCUUUGCAAGCUUUGUCUUAUUAUGGUUUUACCAUCUACUUUUCUGUGGAAGAUUUGGAUUACUGUGCUCAGUAUCAUAUGUCCAGCUUUAUGUUCUUUUUAUCAUGUCCUCCAAAUGUUUUGGGAGGUCCAGAUUAUUAUUAUAUUUGUUUUUAAAGCUGGACCCCUACGGGGUCCCCUGUCUAUUACUUGAACUCUUGUAUCGCUCACCACUGAAUGUCUUUAUAAAACAUAUAUACAUUUAUUAUAACACAGGAAAUCCCUUUUAUGGCAUGAGUGGAUUAAGUACUUUAAGACAUGAAACUUGUGUUUUGUUGAAAAGAGAGGGGUUUAUUUUAUGUUCACAGAGGUCAAAUAUGAUUGUUUAUUAUAGCACACAUCAUAUUUGAAGAGUUUUAGAGUGAUUUACUAGCUAACUUGUUUUAUGUUUGACAAUUCACACCAUGUUUGUACACUUUUAUUGAAGAAUUGUUUGGAAAAAUAUUUGAAUCUGUUUUUCUCUCAUUUUUAUGAGCGCUUUCCCAAGCAUUGAGACCAAAGAUUUAAGUUUGGUUUUUCCUAGUUUUGAAGAGUUGCUUUAUAAUUUUACCUUGUAUAUCAAUGUGUCUUAAUUUUGUGUCUUAGUUUUUGGUUUGCCAUCACUUGCCUCUCGCUUGUCAGCCAAUAUAUUGAAUAUUACUGUCCUCAGAUUCACUAUAGUGCACUGUGGAGUAGCUGGGGGUGCAUUUUUUGCCAUUCCAAAACAUGACCUUUUGUUUACUGAAAUGAAAUAUAGUUUUGUGAAGCCGCAAAGUGAAAGUUUUUAGAGUUGAUAUAAAGCAGAGGUAUUUUUUCCCUUAAUUUUUGCACUCAUUUCAAAGAGGUAAAUAGAUUUUUAUGUGCCAUCAUAGUUUUACCUUGUCAUAAUUUGAUUAAGUCACUAAAACACCUCUAAAUUCACCAAAAUCAAGUGUUUUUAUGUCUGUUUUUUUUUUUACAGAAUUGUCUUGCA